GCCACGUGUCACUUUAUCGACCCCCCUUUCCUCUCCUUCCGCAUAUGGCCACUGUGGACUUUCCCGCUUCGUCAGUCGAUUAAGGCUCUACUCUCUCUCUCUCUCUCUCUUGUCCGAAGAUUAUUCGAAAACCUCUCUUUCUUCUUCUUCGUUUACUCCGCUAGCUAUCCUUCCAUGGAAGAAGCAGCUUGAAGAUUUCUUCUCCCUUCAGUUUAUUAUAUUUGUUUGGGACUGAGCAUGGCUAUCGGUGGCUUGAUUUCAAACAGGAACUUUGGUUCCUUCGUCGGUUCAGGGAAUGGUGUUCAAAACGAAAGAGGUAGACUAGGUUUAUAUGGUGCAGAUAUUUCCAACAGAGUCAUCAUCCCCCGAGCAAUUGCAUUGUGUCGUAAUCAUCAACCAAGGAAGAUUUUAUCUCUGCAAGCUAGUUUACAGCAUGACACUGGACACAUGACAAGUUUUGGAUGUUUCCUUCAACCAGGAAACUUGGAGCAUCAUGGUAUCAGGUUUAAGAACAGUAACAAAAACACAUCUCGUCCCUACUACAAAUCAUCAGAGGAGUCCGAUAUCACAGAAGAAGUUGUAGACUCACUGUCAUCUGCUGAAGCUCUUUUAGUCCAAGGAAAUCGAAACAAAGCAUCCCCUUGGUGGCAGCAGUUCCCUAGGCGCUGGGUCAUCGUUCUCUUAUGCUUUGCUUCCUUCCUUCUUUGCAAUAUGGACCGUGUGAACAUGAGCAUUGCGAUUCUUCCCAUGUCUCAACAAUAUAACUGGAACAGUGCUACUGUUGGCUUGAUUCAGUCCUCUUUCUUCUGGGGCUAUUUACUUACUCAGAUUCUGGGAGGUAUCUGGGCAGAUAAGUAUGGAGGGAAGUUGGUUUUAGGUUUUGGUGUUGUCUGGUGGUCCAUCGCCACCGUUAUGACACCUAUUGCUGCCAAACUCGGUCUCCCCUUUCUACUUGUCGUGCGGGCCUUCAUGGGCAUUGGCGAGGGUGUUGCAAUGCCUGCCAUGAACAACAUGCUUUCUAAAUGGAUCCCUGUCUCAGAGAGAAGCAGAUCGCUUGCACUUGUCUAUAGUGGCAUGUAUCUCGGUUCCGUUACUGGACUUGGUUUCUCUCCUAUGCUUAUCCAAAAGUUCGGAUGGCCAUCUGUUUUCUAUUCCUUUGGCUCCCUUGGAAGUAUAUGGUUUCUGCUUUGGCUUAAAUAUGCAUAUAGCUCUCCCAAGGAUGACCCUGAGCUAAGUGAAGAAGAAAAGAAGAUCAUACUCGGAGGUAGCAAACCAAGGGAACCUGUUACCGUCAUUCCAUGGAAGCUCAUUCUGUCUAAGCCCCCUGUCUGGGCUCUCAUUAUCUCCCACUUUUGCCAUAAUUGGGGAACAUUCAUACUCUUGACAUGGAUGCCCACUUAUUACAAUCAGGUGUUGAAGUUCAACCUGACUGAGUCAGGGCUGCUAUGCGUCUUACCAUGGUUUACAAUGGCUGUAUUGGCUAAUGUUGGAGGUUGGAUUGCUGAUACUCUCGUCAGCAGAGGUCUUUCUAUUACAUCCGUUCGCAAGAUCAUGCAAUCAAUUGGUUUUCUGGGUCCUGCCUUCUUCCUGACUCAGCUGAGCCGUGUCAAAACUCCAGCAAUGGCUGUUCUCUGCAUGGCAUGCAGUCAGGGCGCUGAUGCGUUCUCUCAGUCGGGUCUCUACUCUAAUCAUCAAGACAUUGGCCCACGCUACGCUGGUGUACUGUUAGGACUUUCAAACACAGCAGGAGUCCUCGCUGGUGUCUUUGGCACUGCAGCCACUGGCUACAUCCUCCAACGAGGUUCUUGGGACGAUGUGUUCAAAGUAGCAGUUGGACUGUAUUUGAUUGGAACUCUGGUCUGGAACUUGUUCGCAACCGGAGAGAAAGUUCUCGACUAGCUGCAGCAAAAUGGUGUGAAGAAAGCUUAAUAUCUGUUUUAUUUCUCUGCUUUAGAUCAAAAUGCGACGUUGUUCGCUGCUCUGUUUCAUAAGGUAACAACAAGUUGAAAAUGUAUUUUUUUUUAAUUUUAUUUUUGGGACUCUUUUAAAGCUUACAAUAUGUUGGGGAGAACAGAACAACAGUCAAAAUGUAAAAGCUUUUACAACA